UUUGAUAUAUAUGCCACCAGAUAUAUAGGUAUUAAAAAUUAAAUAGGUAUUAAUAAGGUAUUAAUGGAAAAAGGAAAUAGAAUAAUUAAAAUCAUGAUCAUUGAUAAUCAAUCUAUAAGUGGUGUGAACUGAUAGAAUAUUGAUAAUAAAUUUUUAAUAAAAAAUGUCAAUAAACAAAGACUUCCCUUUACUUAAAAAUGAGAGGCUUUUAAAGGCAGCUCGCGGGGAAAAAGUUGAUAAAUUACCAGUAUGGAUAAUGCGACAAGCAGGAAGAUAUCUUCCAGAAUUUCGGGAGUAUCGCAAACAACAUGAUUUCUUUGAGAUUUGUAAUAAUCCUGAAUAUGCCUGUGAAGUAACUCUUAUGCCUAUAAGACGUUAUGAAUUGGACGCGGCAAUCAUUUUUAGUGAUAUAUUAGUAAUACCACAAGCUCUUGGUUUGGAUGUUGAAAUGCGCCCAGGAGUAGGCCCAGUAUUACCAGAACCCCUGACAUUAGAAACCCUUUCUAACUUAAAUACCAAAGGAACUGUUAAGAAAUUGGAAUAUGUUGGUCAAGCUAUAAACCUGACUAGACAUAAGUUAGAGGGAAAUGUACCCCUAUUUGGAUUUACAGGAGCACCAUGGACUUUAAUGGGUUAUAUGAUUGAAGGUGGAGGUUCAAAAACAUAUUCAAAAGCAAAAAAAUGGCUCUAUGCCCAUCCACAAAAGUCUCAUGAAUUAUUAGAAAUUUUAACGCAAGUCAUUAUAGAUUAUUUAGUAAUGCAAAUUGAAUAUGGCGCUCAGAUUGUCCAAGUAUUUGAUAGUAACGCAGAAUAUUUAAACAAAAAUCUUUAUUCUAUCUUUUGCUUGCCAUAUUUGAAAAAGAUUUCACUUGAAGUAAGGAAAAAAUUAAGGGAGAAAAAACUGGAAGAAGUUCCAAUGGUUCUAUUUGCAAAAGGAGGAUGGUAUUGCUUAGAAGAACAAGCUGAGUUGGGCUAUGAAGUGUUAGGUGUAGAUUGGACAGUGGAACCGAAAUAUGUUAGAAAUAUUCUUAAAAACAAAAACAUUACCAUACAAGGAAACCUUGAUCCCUGUGCUCUCUAUUCUUCUAAAAGUGACCUCAACAGUCAAGUGGAAAAAAUGUUAAAUGAGUUUGGAAGUGACAGGUAUAUUGUUAAUUUAGGUCAUGGUAUUUAUCCUGACGCCCCCAUAGACUCGUUAAAAACUGUUGUAGAUGUUGUUCAUAGUUUUGAGGUUUAAGUGGUAUUAUUUUUCACAUAGGGUUUAUAAGGAAAAACAGGGAUUAAUAUUUUAUCAAAUUUUAAUUUUGUAAUAAAUAUUAAUAUAUUAUAUAAAAUAA